AUGCAUGCAUUCUCGAUCACCAAAGCUUUGGUCGUUGGCCUUUUGGCCUCCGCGCCACUCACUGCUGGAUUCACACUCGAGGCUCGUGGCCACGAUGUGGAGAGGAGAUAUGUGGGUUCACUAGCUUCCAUGGCGUCGAAAGUCGUCAGGGCGGUGAUUCCUGAUAUUGAGCGUCGCCACCAUACGGAGGCCCAGAUCGCUGCGAAGGAAGCAGCCAAGGCCAAAGGCCAUCGUGCUCGUAGUCCUCAGGCUCCAGAUGAAUUUGGACCAUGGGACAGUACCGAAGAUGAGUUUGGCUCUUGGGUUGAUAAACGAUCUCCGCACCACACCGAGGCACAGAUUGCAGCAAAGGAAGCAGCGGCGAAAAAGCACCAGGCGCGUGAUCCGCAUCACACAGAGGCACAAAUCGCGGCCAAGGAGGCAGCAGCCAAAAAACAUCAAUCCAGGGAGCCACACCACACCGAAGCACAGAUUGCGGCUAAGGAGGCGGCGGCAAACAAGCAUCAGUCUCGUGAUCCUCACCACACUGAAGCCCAGAUAGCGGCCAAGGAGGCGGCGGCAGCGAAGAAGGGACAGAACUGAGCGAGACUUUGGGUGUCGGACUGACAGGGUUCUGAAAAGCCACAUGUACGCAGCAGCAAACGCAGACCCGAA